AUUUUUAAACUGAAAAAAUCUUACCUCAACAGAGUUGUUGCCAUCCUUUUGACCAUAUUCGGACUUGAUGUCGAAGAGGCGAUUGAAGCGUUCAUUCGCAUCUGCAAUACCGUUUUCCCCAAAGAAGGUUGUACACCAUCAGCGAGGGCUACCAUGUUAGAAACAGUUACGAAGGAGUUGCUUGAAGAACGAAAGCUGCCACUGGACCUCAAACUCCAAGACGAUCGAAAUCUACCGUGUGCUACAUGUCAACGAGCCAUCUUGGCCAAUGCCGUCUCCUUCGUUCCUACCCUAGAAGAAGAGAUCGUCAGUGCUGUACAUGGAUACAACAAUCCAACUCUCGAAGUGUUGAAGGAAGCAUUAGAUGUGUUCGGGUCUAAUGCAUACCUUUCGUGUCUGCUGAGCCUUGGAGCAGGCAAGGGCAUUAUCAAGUCAUUCGGAGCAGGUGCCAGUGGCGCUGGUGGAGCCGCAGGAGCACCUAGAGAGGAUUCCCCAGAGACGGGAAAGAAUGAAUCGAACAACCCUAUGUCCAUCCUAGAACAACUGACGACAGAUGGAGAGAGCAUCGCUGAGGAGGCCUCCAGGCGUAUCGGGAACCUCGGUGUCUAUUUUCGUUUCUCAGUCACUCGAGGGUUGGAUUUUGAUGACCUUGCGGCUCAGCGUAAUGGUGUCAGUACAAAAUUUGGAGAAAUUAUCGCACACACGACUGGGUAUCUGUUAGAGAACACUACGAGCAACUACCUUGACAAGGCUAUUGCUUCGGCAGAGCGGCCAAGCACCAUUAGCCUGGAAACGAUCAGCCUCAGGUCUUCACAUGGCCUACCACCUUUAUCGUCCUUCUUCAUUAUGAGAGAAGAGCCUAUGAAGUUCCUUGUAGAAAUGUUGCUCGAAACUGAAGAAGACAGUCAGAGGAUUGUCGUCUUGUCCGGUCUCGGCGGUAGCGGCAAGACCCAGAUGGCUCUCAAAUUCGCCAGGGAUUAUGAACAUCGUACCACCGAGAACAUUGAAACUGCACUGGUUACCCAUGUCAGUUCUCUGGGUCGUGAAUACGAGUGUUCAUCAGUCAACGAUGCCCUCGAUAUUCUAGCCGAACCAGAUCAAGUCAUCACCCAGGACUGGCUUAUCAUCUUCGACAACGCGGACGACCCGAAUAUUGACCUCAGGGACUACUUUCCUACAUGCGAGCAUGGCUCUAUUUUGAUCACAACCAGAAACUUGAUGCUUGGGGAUCUAUCAUCCCGAAGACAUCUCGAACUUGAUGUCAUGUCCCCAGAAGAGGCUGUCGAAACACUUCUCAUAACAGCAUUUACACAAGGAGAGAGUCCUACCGAGGAGGACAAAAAGGAGGCUUCGGUAAUCGUCGAGCAAUUGGGUUAUCUUCCCGUCGCCAUCACUCAAGCUGGAUGCUAUAUUAGACAACAGAAGUGUUUGCAUGACUAUGCAAACCGCCUCAAAGCCAAUCGACGCAAGCUCCUCGAACGACCCACUCGCACUCAUAGAGACAAACUCCGGUACCGCCACAGCGUCUAUGCAGCCUUUGAUGUCACUCUUGAAGUGCUCUCUUCCCGUGCUCGCGACUUUCUGCGAAUCCUUUCCACUGUCCACUUUACCAACUUCCCACUCCCCUUGAUUGGCGCAGCUGCUAAAGGAGGCUUCGCAUUUGAAAUCAAUGAUCUCCUAGAUCGGCCAUCAGAACACCAAGAGACAAUCUCCCUUCUGAAGGAGACAUUUUGUCCGGACGGUGAAUGGGAUAAUGAUCAGAUUACGGACCUUCUGGAGGAGCUUCAGCAAUACUCGCUUGUGGUAGUUGUCGCCUCGGCCACUAUUGCUACCCUUCGCUUCCAUCCUCUAGUUCACUCUUGGGCCUAUGAUAGACUAACGGAAAAGGAAGAAAAAAUGUAUCAAGCGGCCGCGGUCCGGCUUAUAGCUUGUGGGACCGAUUGGGUCCAUGUCUCCUUAUUCGACUAUCUGUCACCCCAUAUCUACUCCCUCUCUUCCAUAUGGGAUAAGUUACAUGUCAAUGAUCGGUCUGCGUUUGCCCGUAUCAUCCGAUAUGAUGGCAAAGCGGACAUGCUCUUCCAAUUGACAAAGGAUAUUUGCGAUGAGGUGGAGAAGGUAGCUGGAAAAGAGUCUGUGCGUGCAACCAGUGCAAGGCUAGACUUGGCCGAUGCAUAUGGUAUGAUCGACGAUGACAAGAAGAUGGAAGAAAUGGAGCGGGAGGUUGUGGCUACUCGUGAAGCCAUUCUCGGCAGGGAGGAUCUCAUCACCAUCGAGGCCGUGUCGAAUCUUGCGUCGACUAUUGAAGAUGAUGACAACCGGCUUGAAGAGGCCUUGGCCCUUCGAGAGGAGGUCUUGAAAGUCCGCAAAGAAAAGCAUGGAAUGGAUCAUCAGGAUACAGCAGAUGCCAUGGCCUAUCUAGGUCAAACCUAUCAUCGUUUGAAGCGAUAUUCGGACGAAGAGCCACUUCUGAUAUCAGCCCGUGAAAUUAGAGCCAAAGGUUUGGGCCCAGCUCACCCGUGGACCAUCGAUGUAAUGGUCAGCUUAGCCAAUUGCUAUACAGAUUGCGACGAUUACGAUAAAGCGGAAGCCAUCCAAAAAGAAGUCUUACAACUGGAAACCAAACAGCUUGGAGUCAAGCAUGUCGAGACCGUCAAGACCAUGGAGUGGAUGUGCAGGGCAUAUUAUAAUCAACGAAAAUACGCCGAAGCCGAAAAACUAGGCGAACAGGCACUGAUCCUUCGAAAAGAAAUCAGCGGCCCUCGAGAUGACGACACUGUGAGCUGGAUGGAUUGGCUUGCGCGGGUGUAUCAUGACACAGGCAAAUUUGCUGACGCAAAGCGACUCCGAGAGGAGGAGAUUGAGUGCCGAAAGGAAGUUGUGGGCGAGCAAAAUACAGCAGUUCAUGAUGCCAUAUCCUGGCUUGUAAGCGCAUUACACAGCCUGGGAGAGUAUCAAAAACACGAAGAACUUGCCAAACAGCUUUUGGUUGGUAGAACUGCUCUACUGGGAGACAAACACGUUGAAACUCUCAAUGCAAAGAGCUGGCUGGCACGAGCGUACCAUGACCUUAAAAGGCACAAGGAAGCUGGAGAACUACGAAAAGAAGAAUGGGAGGUCCGGUGCGAAGUUCAAGGGGAGCGGCAUAUCGAUACGAUCAAUUCUCUUGGCUGGCUUGCACGGGCCUACCAUGAACAAGGCCGACAUGAGGAGGCAGCAAGUCUGAGAGAGAAAGAACUUGAACAAAGAAAAUCAGUUCAAGGAGAACGUCAUAUCGACGCCGUCAAUACUCUUUCAUGGCUUGCAAGAGCUUACCAAGAGCUCAAGAGG